CUGGUUGAAAACCUCACGAAAGUGGACGGAGCUCUGGGCCCCUCCCCUGGAGGCUUCCUUCCGGCAGUUGUAAAUUAAUGCUGAAAUUGCUUUGCUGGAGAAAUGUCUUCAGAGUCAGAAAAGGAUAAAGAGAGGCUGGUUCAAGCUGCCAAAAUGUUCUUCUUUCACAUAAAAGAUCUUACUUCUUUCACAAACACACUGACCACAUUGUUUAACCACAACAUGAAUACUCAGAUCCUCUCGAUGGCUGUGAAAGAAAAUAGUAACAUUAAGGAUUUCUUUGAACAAAUGCUCAGAAUUUUUAAGGAGAUGCAAUCCGUAGUGAAUGAAAAGUUCAACCAAAUGCAAACGGAGUCUUUAUGUUCCAAGUUUGCAACGGCUAUGUGCUCUAUGGUUGAGAAGAGUACCAAUGUAAAGGAGUUGCAAGACUCAGCUAAAGAAUUAUUCAAAAACGUCCAUACACCAGUCAUUGUCUCUGUGCUGCAUAAUGGUAACAUCCUUGGGAGUUUGGAAUCUUCUCUUUCACUCUUGAUGAAAUUCCCCAUCAUGAAUCUUCAGUUAAGUGACUUCUAUAGGGAAGACACCAAAGAACAAUCAGAUGCUACCACAUCCGAGAAAACCACAAGUCCAGGUCCUUCCAAAACCACUGUGAUAGACAUCUUGAAAAAGUUGCAGGAUGCACUAAAAACCAAGAAUGCCAACAAUCCCACAGAGUCAGCAGCAGAUUUAUUGGAACAAAUUGUGAAGGAUAUGGGACCAAUCGUAGAGAUCCUCCAAAAAGCCAUCAAGAGUAUAGAAACUGAUAUUUCCAUGUUUAAGAAGGUCAAUGACAAGUAGAGGUGGAAUAGAGUGUUCAUUUUUGUCCGAAAAUAAAUUCAAAUCUCAUGAUUUUUCGUAGUGCUUUCUAAGAUCUUUUGAUGUCAGAUAUGUGGUAUGUUAGAACAUAAGUGCAUAAUAGUCAUCUGGCAAACCAUUUACCUAUAGUUUUGCUUUAUUAAAAUAAAAAAGGAAUGAUCAA